AUCCUAGUAGUGUGGUGGCACAUGCGCAAGCAGCGUAGGAACAGGAACCAAGUGAAAAAGUGUCUCCCACCAUAGUCGGAGAAACUAGGUUGUAUCCUACACCCGCUGUUCUGGUUAAUCAAAUUUUCUGAUAUUUCAAAAAAAUAACAAAAUUAAGCACCGCUCCUUUCUCGGUUAAAAUCUCUUUGCUCCUUCACUUCAACUUUGGAGAUCCCCUUUCUCUCCCAUUCCUCUUUCUUUUACGGAUCUGAUAGGGAUACAUAUAGUUGUAUUUUUGUUGCAAUUCCUAGAGAUUCAUCGAUUAUUGAACGUUGAUGGCUGCUCCACCGGCAAGGGCGCGUGCGGAUUACGAUUAUCUCAUAAAGCUUCUCUUGAUCGGCGACAGCGGUGUCGGAAAGAGUUGCCUUCUACUGCGAUUCUCUGAUGGUUCUUUCACAACUAGUUUCAUCACAACCAUAGGCAUUGAUUUUAAGAUAAGAACCAUUGAGCUGGAUGGAAAACGGGUCAAGCUCCAAAUUUGGGAUACUGCAGGUCAGGAGCGGUUCCGAACAAUUACAACUGCUUACUAUCGUGGUGCUAUGGGCAUAUUGCUAGUCUAUGACGUUACAGACGAAUCUUCAUUUAACAAUAUUAGGAAUUGGAUUCGUAACAUUGAGCAACAUGCUUCAGACAAUGUAAACAAAAUAUUGGUGGGGAACAAAGCUGACAUGGAUGAAAGCAAAAGGGCUGUGCCAACCUCGAAAGGCCAAGCACUGGCCGAUGAGUAUGGAAUCAAAUUCUUUGAAACAAGUGCAAAGACAAAUCUAAAUGUGGAGGAAGUUUUCUUCUCUAUUGCAAGAGAUAUAAAACAAAGGCUUGCUGACACUGACUCUAAGGCCGAGCCGGCAGGAAUUAAAAUCAAUCCACAAGAUCAGGCAGCCACGGCGGGGCAAGCUGCGCAAAAGUCAGCUUGCUGUGGUUGAAGAGGCAAACAUUAUGUAUGUGGCCAAGAACAAGAAGGAAAGAGGAAAAUAUUUAUAUGGACGAUAAAUUGAUGAUGAUUUGUGCUUUGCGCUGACAUUAUCAUUCUUUCAUAGUUUCUACAUUCCAAGAUGCUAUAUAUAUAUAAAUUCAAAGCUAGAUGUGAUUGUGUCAUUGCCCCGUAUGUUGUUUGGUUGGGACAUGAAUCCAUCAAUCGUUGAUUUUUGAAGGGUUAUAAAAUUAUAUCGACCCCAGUCUUAGUUUAAAAAAUUACAGCAAUUAUUUCAUUUUAAAUUCUACUAAGGAAAUUUUUUCUUGUG